GUUCUGGUUUCUGCUGGGCUGGACUGGACAGAACAGAACAGACGACCUUUCAUUCCUUUGAAGGUUCCCAGGUUAUAAGUCGUAUCAAAAUUUUCUAUUUCAUUAUUUAAAACACAAAAUGCCUGUCGGACUUAUGGCGCGCGUUGGCAAAAAACACGUUGAUCUACUGACUAAGUGGGUCCCCUCCUUAGCCUUGUUUGGGGGAGCUGCCGGAACAACGUUAGUGUACAUUACAGAAUGGAGAGUCAUCUGUGAUUACAUCCCUUUCUAUGGUAGCAAAUUCCAAGACGAACAGUAAAGUUAAGAAGAUCUCUGUAGGAUUCAGUGUUCAGCCCAUCUCUUCAAAUUAUGUUAAAUUAUUUUGUAAAUAUUAAUUAAUAAAAGGUCUGUAGAAAAUCCCACCA